AGAAAAAUUGUAUUUGUCACCAUGGACUAAUUUUCGCACGACAAGUAUUUGUAAUAUAAUAAAAAUGGGGAAAAAAGAAUCCUCCGAAGGGGAUACAAAAUCAAUAGCUGUGGUCUUGUGUGGUUGCGGUAGUCUUGAUGGUACUGAAGUGACUGAAGCUGUGUCGGUUGCAAUUCACUGCAGUCAAAAGGGUUUUAAGACGGAAUUUUAUGCACCUGAGAAAGAUCUUUGUGAAGUUAUUAAUCAUUAUACGGGCGAGGCUGUCGAUGAGAAGAGAAAUGCUUUAAUCGAAGCUGCGAGAAUUUCACGAUCGUCGAUAAAACCUCUUUCCGAAUGUAAACCCCAUAAUGUCGAGGGCAUCAUUUUUCCCGGAGGACUCGGUGCUAUUAAAACUUUGAGUAAUUUUGCCUCCGAUGGAUGUGACUGCAUUAUUUUGCCCGAGGUGCAAAAAAUAAUUGAAGACUUUUGCUGUUGUAAGAAGCCAAUUGGAGCAAUCUGCAUCUCCCCCAUACUAAUUGCUAAAGUUCUGGAAGGCGUGAAAAUAACUUUGGGAAAUGAAGGUCCUCCUGAAAAAUGGCCAUUUGGCGCAGCAAUUCAGAAGGCAAAAAAAAUGGGAGCUAAAGUUGAAAAGAAAAAUGUGAAUGGCGUUACCUUUUGCAAAAAAUACAAUGUCUAUAGUACACCUGCAUGUUUGUACGGUCCAGCAACUCCUUGUGAAAUUUUUUCCGGCAUCGGUAAAAUGAUUUCAAAAAUGAUAAAGUCAAUGAAGUAA